AUGUGUUUCAAUUUGACAAAUUCGCUUCUUUUUCUAUUUCUUCUCAGUAUUCGACUAGAAGCCUGUAAGUGUUCUAUUCAAGUGAUCGGAUAGAGAUUGGCUGCUAAUUAGCAGAAGACGAUGAAGGAGGCGAAUGGACGAAUGGAGUGGAUAUCACGGAAGUGAGGAAUGACGCCAUCCGCAUCAGAUGGAGACAUGAUUCUGAUGAGGACCUCGUCACGAAACAGAGGCUGAUGGUCGCAGUAAUCAGGAGUUAGAUUUCAAACAAUUCAGGUCACCGCUAUUCGCUCCAAUUUUAGGCUCCCAGGAAACGGAAAAGUCUUCUCAGACCAUUCAUGUUGCAGCCAAACUACGCGAAUACACAUUCACGGGUUUGGCUGGCAACACGACUUACCGGCUGUCGGUCGAAGCGUUUCAGGUAUCUGAUAUCCUAUACGGGUGCUUAUGCGUCAAAAUAAGCAAGUUAAUUAUGGCCAACGCGUGCGACGUCUUGGUACAGUUGUCGAUCCUCAGCGAUCGACCGUGAAAUUAGUUCCGGACAGUUUCCGCAAAGGAAUCAAUCGAUUAUCUGGAAAAUUAAAAGAUAAAGUUAUUAGCGAAAUUAUGCAAUUACAGAACGAAAGCAGUCUAUGGUAUUACAGUAAUAUGGCUACAACGAGUCUAGCUGGUGAGAUGUCUGUUGUAUGAAUAGUUGUUGAGAAGAUUCUAGAACGUGUGUGUACCGAUCACAUGUUCGCACUGGAGUGAUCAACAUUUUGAUAAGAAUCGAUAAUAUAGAAAAUUAAAACAGGAGAAAAAAGUGCAACUAGCAUUCGUCUUCAAAUAUUUCGCAACAUCAUUUUUGGAAGACGAAGAAAGAAAAACGGACGUGGGGGGUAGAGAGGAAGUGUGGAAAAGAGAGAGAAGAGAGAGUGGCUAGAGAAACAAGCGGUAAUGUUAGGCGUGGUUUGCUCACUUUUAAAACGAUUGAUUAGAAUAACAGUCAAAUUUUUAGAAUUAGAAAGAAUAGAAAGUGUUAAUAUGCAGCAUACAGCGGAUAGUGAAAGUUAUCAGUUUCCUUUUUAUAUUAGAAGAAAGUGAGAGAGAGCUCUUUCAAAUGCUCAUUUUUGCUACUUCUUGCUUUUCUUGCAAACAGUUUGUUCAUUUUCCACAGUCUGAUAGAAAAGUAAGCAAAAACUAAGAAAAGAGUAAAGAAGGGAGGGGAAUGAGGCUCUCAGCCGUUCCCAGUUUUUUCUUCCCUCUUCAUUUCGAAGAUUUUAGCGUUGCCCUGGCUGAGUCCCCCAACAGAAUUGACUUUGGCGGAUCGCAAGAAUGAGUCAAUUGAAGUCUCCUGGAUUCCGCCCACUGCUCAGGAUUCUGCUCAUCAUUUCGUUAUCACACAACACUUGGUUUGUCUUUCAUUUUGAUUUGAAAACAAAACUGAACAAGCUUAGGUAAAAGUGUACGAUCUCUCAGGGAACAGUUCGACCAACAAGAGAUCCAUCACAGUUCCCGUGCCUGUUUCCAGACUUUUGAUAAACGGACUCAAACCGGGCACAGCCUACAACGUGACAAUUCAAGCGGGAACUAGCUAUGGGUACGGCAAUCGGGCGUGGAGUGCAUUUGCCACGCUGGACAACGACGGAGCGAACAUUCUGAAACUGAGAGCCAGAACUCCGAACUCACUGACUGUCUACUGGCCGGCCAACUGGCUCACAAAAACAACGUCCAAGUUCACAGUGAGUGAUGUCUUCUGAUUUCUAAUUUUCAUUCGAAUUCAGAUAAAAGCAAAAACAAUUCACUCUCCGAGUGGAAUGUUCAAAGAAAUCGAAAACUCGGCGGUCGGAGAACCGGGAAAGGCAAAUGAGUUUCUGGUGGAUAAUCUUCUUCCGUCAAGCACGUACAAUAUCACAAUAACCACUUCGGACGACCAGAAAGUUGAAGGAAAGAAGAGAGCGCAAAUGAAAUGGAAGCACGGAUGGGCGGUGUUCUCAACUAUGUCGCAGGUGCGAGAGGAUAUCUUGUGGGCGGCCUUGUGGUCGGCGGAUGUCCUUCUUCCUCACUCUUACACUUUAAGGGGCCGGGGGCGAACGAGGGUGUGUGGGGCGCGGGGCGCCCCGUUGCUAACCCUAAAACUAACAAAAUGACACAAAUAAGCACGCACGAAACAGCCAUAUUUCGAAAAAAGCUAAUUUACUAAAUUCUAGGUCAAAAUUCAUUUAGAAAAAGACCCUGCUUAGAGAGGCACUUGCUGACCAGCCGGACCUCGCUCACUGACCAGCAGGUGCUUCAGACCAUGGGACUUACUGACCACGGACCCCCCUGGGAGUUGGUCCUAGAUCCCUGUUUGAGGGGACACAAAUAGAAAUACUGAGUUAUAAAUUACAUAUGACUCAUGAUUUCAACAUGUCUUUUAACGUUCGAUACCAUGAUUUAUAACUAUUUCAGGGAGAGUAUGAGGUGUCGGAAGCGCGCAUAGUCGUGGAGACUGACUUUGCCGUUUCCAUAGUAUUCCAGCCAUUGAAACUUUCACAAAAAGCCAUUUCAUAUCAGGUUCGAUUUAGGAGCAACAGAAACUACAAACAUUUCUAGUCGAUUUCAGAUAAAAUACAACCUAAAGGACCGUAAUUCAUCCACACUCACUGAAGAGCUGACAGAUGAAAAUUUGAGAUGUCCGAAAUUUGAAUGUCAAUGGAAAUGCACUCUCAUUUUUAACUUACCCCAUCGUCCCAGAGAAUAUAAAUUUGAAAUAAGAGCAAAAAUAGAUAAUAUCUGGAACAAAUGGUCUCCGGUAACUUUGAAGCAGUGGAACCUUCUGGAAAGAGUCUGUUCGAUUCAUCCUCCCAGUGAUAUUGUCAGUCAUCUGGGCGAUUACACCCGUCAGAGGGAUAUCGAUGUGCAAAGCGCAAAAGUGGCCCAAGUGGCGGAUGUCUGGUGAGCAUUUCUCUCAUUCGGGAACGUUCUCUAGUGAUCAGUUCAGGCGGUACAUGGUGGUUGUGGACAGUCGUCCGUAUGAUUUGGCACCUAUUGAUAUCACAAAACUUGCGGAUAGAACAACUUCAGAAGCAGAUCAUGUACCCUAUUAUAUUACCGCCGCGUUAAGUCCAGAAGAAGUGCGACAGAAUGGGGAUUUCAGGUGAGAUUAUUCACUCGACGAAUUUUAGAACUGCAAAGUCCAGAAGGCGACUGAAGAAAAAGAUUCUAGUCGUUUUCCACUGCCUUAAAUAGUGAUUUUCAUUUCUCAUCCUUAAAUUUCAUAAGAACUUCUGAAAAUGUGUUUCCGCAAAAAACGAAUAUUUCAGCAUUAGAAAUGCCUCACUCUUCAGGAUCGGAGACGGUCGAGUUUACGGUGGCUACGUGAACUAUCCGUUGCGCUCUGAAAAGGACCCGAGAUGGACCCUGAUCCCAGUGACUCAGAGUGAAAAUGAAAUGAUUGAGCCGCAUCUGAAGACGUGCGGCUACAACGAACAGGGCUCGUUCAAGUGCGACAUGAGCAUUUCCGAACUGGUCGGUCACAUUCCCGUCGUCGUCAUAUCCGCCGCCUUUCUCAUCCUUAUUCUGAUCAUCUUCCUCAUCUGUCUUGCUGUGUUUUGUUUCCUAAGGAAUUCUUGCCGUGAGUGUUUUCUUCUUCUUCUUCUUCGUAUCUAUUCUACGCUCUCAAAACUUCAGAAGAUCGUCCUGGAGUCGAGGAGUCUGCCCUAAUGUAUUACAGAAGUGACUCUCCGAAUACGGUGUCCACGUGUCGAGAAUACCGAAAAGUGGAGCGGAGAGAGUUCAAUGCAGCCGAUAUGGAGGAGAGAAUGCGGUUCCGAGAGCACAACGAAUAA